GUCUCCCAGACCCCAGAUGAUCGUGGAAGUAAGCCGCAGCUCAUCAUCGUGGGCGACACGCACGGCCAGCUGGCCGACGUGCUGUGGCUCUUCUACAAGCUCGGCGCGCCCUCGCCCAGCAACCGCUACCUCUUCAACGGGGACAUCUGCGACCGUGGCGACCUCGCCUGCGAGAUCUGGAG